UUGUAGAUGAGAUUUUUAUAAAUGGUGAAGCUUUAAUUUUAUUGUGUUAUAUCUGAAUCAUACAAAUUAAGGUUAAUCUUAAAUCAUAAAAAUGACUCUCAUCGAAGGUGUUGGAGACGAAGUGACAGAUUUUUUUAUUGUUGUGGUUGUCCUUGUAGUAGGAUGGCUUGCCUGGUAUUCUACAAGUAUUACAGAUCAACCACUGAUACGCACUGUGCUUGUAUUGCAUAGAACACGCACACGUCUAGCUGAACUCAGAGCUAAUCAUCAAAAUUUAAGUUCAUUUACACGACCUCCAAAUUUAGAAGUAACUGAAGAAGAAACAAUAGAACCAAUCACUGAUGAUAAUAAUGAUAAUUUACAAAGUUGCCCUGAACCAUCUGUUGCAGACACAAAUGAAGAAAUUUCUCCUGACACACAUAGAACAUCAGAAGCAACUGCUACAGAGGAAGUACUUAUUGAAGCUAUGGAUUCAUUUAACAAUGAUAGUUCAACUUUGUUACAACAGCAAACCAAAAUAAAUUGUUCUAAAGAAACAAGUAUAUCAACAUCAACAUGUAAUGAACCUAUAGAACCUGAACAUGAAAAUCUUUCAGCAACUGAUACUAAUGAAAUUAGUAUAAAACUUAAAUUUAUAAAUGAUGAUCAAAAAAUGGUUACUGGUAGUCUAAAAGAGUUGCUUGCAAAUUUUAAAAGGAGACAUUUUCAAACAGAACUUGAUGCACAAAAAUUAGUGCGUUUAAUAUUCAAUGGCCGUGUACUACAGCCUGAUAACCAAACAUUGGAGAGAUGUGGCUUAUACAACAAUUGUGUAGUUCAUUGUUUGGUUCAUCAACCACGGCCAAACCCUGUAUCUUCUCAGACACCAACGUUAGACAAUUCAUCACCAAUUUAUUUUAAUCCUCAGUCAUUUUCUGAUAUCCCUGUUGGCACAGGAAUUAGUUCAAUACAUAAUGAGUGGGAUUUGAGUAGACCAUUAGUGGUUAUUUUGACUGUCAUGUUAGGUUUCGCUUGGUAUUCACGAUACCAUUAUGCUCAAUUUUUUGCCGCGAAUACUACGCUCGCAUUAUACGCGCUCACUGCAAUUUUUGCAAUGUCAGUAGCUUUAAUAUUAUGUCAUUAGUUAGUAAUUUCAAUCCUAAUCAAGCCAACACCAGAAAUAUUGUGUAUGUUUUCAAGACAUUAUUUCAAAACAUUAUUUUAUAAACAUUAAUGUGUUUUUAAUGUAUUUUCAUUUAAACACAUUGGUUCCUGACAUGAGAAAGAACAAGGAGAGUUAUUGUGAUUUUUAUCAAUGUAUAAAAGCACUCACAUGAA